AUGAUCGUCAUAGGCGACGAGUGCGUCGGUGUGUAUCGAAAUGAAAUCGCAGCUAAUCUAGCGUUCUUUACUUCAAAUGUACAGGCCUACGUAUCGACAGACGCUGUUGGAAAUGGUUCAACUCUUCGUCAGAGUGGAGGUGGCUUAGUCAAGAUUCCGUAUCGUAUUUUUGUCGGUGGAAUUGCGUUUAAUACUACGAAAGAAGAACUCAAAGAGUUCUUCAGCAGAUAUGGAGCUGUUCGAGACACCAAAAUUAUCAGAGACCAGGAAGGAUUAAGUAAGGGAUACGGUUUUGUAACAUUUUACCGAGAAGAAGACGCCCAAAAAGUAAUGAAUAUGGGAACAAUUUUUUUCAAAGAGAAAAGGCUGAAUAUAUCAGAGGCUUACCGGAAACAUGCAUUGCCAAAUCAACAGGUAGUGACGAUGCCUGUGGCAGUCAUACCUUUAGAUGUGUUGAUUUGGCGCCUUGUUUCUUCUUUCUCAGCUCCUACCUCUUGGACAUCUGCCUCUAGUACUCCAGUGUAUUACACUACCCUAAACCAGGUACGUGCACGCUAAUGACCCAUAGAGCUAGGCUCACUCUGUAGAUGUCAACAAACUCUGCGACCAUGACGUACUACGUACUUUCCACAACUCUGCUGAAUCUGCUGAACAGCGAAACAUGAAAUUCAUUUGCGGGCUUUAACUGUGCUAAAAUCGUGUAUGUGCUCGUUUUGUAGUUUUAGUCGUUCAAAAGCGAUCCAAACUUAUUCACUUAUUACAAUAGCGGAGCUCC